AUGAGGGGGGCUUCCUGCCUUGGGGUCCUGCUCCUGCUGGUGCUCGGAGCUACUGGGACACAGAAGUCUGCAGCCUGCGGACAGCCCCGCGUGUCCAGUCGGAUCGUGGGGGGCCGGGACGCCCGGGACGGAGAGUGGCCGUGGCAGGCGAGCGUCCAGCACCGCGGGGCGCACGUGUGCGGAGGGUCACUCAUCGCUCCGCAGUGGGUGCUAACAGCGGCGCACUGCUUCCCCAGGCGAGCGCUGGCGUCCGAGUUCCGCGUGCGCCUGGGGGCGCUGCGCUUGAGUCCUGACUCGCCCCGCGCGCUCUCUGCGCCCGUGCGCCGCGUGCUGCGGCCCCGGGACUACUCCGAGGACAGCGCCCGCGGCGACCUGGCGCUGCUGCAGCUGCGCCGCCCGGUGCCCCUGGGUGCCCGCGUCCAGCCCGUCUGCCUGCCCGCGCCCGGCGCCUGGCCGCCGCCUGGCACCCCAUGCUGGGUCACCGGCUGGGGCAGCCUCCGCCCGGGAGUGCCACUCCCAGAGUGGCGACCCCUGCAGGGAGUGAGGGUGCUGCUGAUGGACUCGCGCGCCUGUGACCGCCUCUACCACGUGGGCGCUGGCGUGCCCCAGGCCGAGCGCAUAGUGCUGCCGGGGAACCUGUGUGCCGGCUUCCUCCAGGGCGGCAAGGACGCCUGCCAGGGUGACUCUGGGGGACCCCUGACCUGCGUGCAAUCCGGGCGGUGGAUCCUGGUGGGUGUGGUGAGCUGGGGCAAAGGCUGUGCCCUGCCCAACCGUCUGGGUGUCUACACCAACGUGGCCACUUACAGCCGCUGGAUUCAGGUUUGCCUCAGCCUCUGAUGCUGGUCAGUGAUGCUGACCUGGAGCCAGGUGCUGGGGACCCACACAUUCCCCCCUCUUCCUCUCCCCUUCUGACUGGAGGCUGAGAGGCCUAACAGAGCUGAGGGGCCAUUCAUCCACCAUCUGUCCAUCCUCCCAUCUGUCCAUCUCUCUGCCUCUUCUCCUCCUUGGAGCUCACCAAAUCUGAGACCGCCAACCCUCACCCACAGAUCUUUCAUGUGUCCAGGGGGAUCGCACUCCCUCUUUCCCCUCCUGGCUUUACCCUCCUCAGCUCUGGCCAGGGCUGGGUGUGGGGCACCCCAGAGAUGGGCAAGCCAGCUGGUGCCCUGCCUAGCCUGUGUGUCUCCCUUUUCCUGGAGGAAGUCAGAUUGGACGGAUGAGAGGGGUUUGAUACCAGAGAGAUUCUCCAUUGCUGGUUUUGAAGAGGGGUGGGGAGCGAACCGUGAGCAGCCCCUAGGAGCUGAAAACAGCUUCUGGCUGAUGGCCAGUAGGAAAACAGAAACCUCAGACCUACAACCACAAGGAAGUGGAUUCCGCCAACACCUUGGAGGAGCUUGGAAGCUAAUUUUUCCCCACCCUCCAGAUAAGAGCCCUGCCCAGCCAAUUCCUGAUUUCAGCCUGGUGAGAGCCUAAGCAGAGCACCUAGUGAGCCACCUAGACUUCUGACCUGCAGAGUUGUGA